AUGGCUAACGUCGCUCUCCUCGGAAGCACCGGGAUGGUGGGAACCCACAUCCUCAACAGCUUGCUUGCCAAUACGUCCAUCGCCCGUAUCGACACCAUCUCGCGGCGUACUCCUCAGGCUGCCAGUUCCGCGCCGCAGACCAAGUUGACAACCUUUGUCGCGGAUGAUACCUCGAAAUGGGCACCACAGCUCUCUGCGCUAUCCCCGGUGCCUAGUAUGUUUAUUUCAUCCUUUGCAACGACAAAGGCUGCAGCUGGGGGAUUUGAGAAUCAGCACAAGAUUGAACAUGGUUUGAAUGUUGAGAUGGCGCGUGCGGCGCGUGAUGCUGGUACGAAGGUGUAUGUCCUCAUCUCAUCGAGUGGUGCCAACAAGUCCUCGUCAAUCCCGUACACGCGCAUGAAGGGUGAGAUUGAAGAGGAUAUCAAAGCGCUGGGCUUUGAGAGGAUGGUUAUCCUCCGUCCAGGUAUUAUUGCUGGUCAGCGGGAGGAGAGCAGACCGUUGGAAGCGGUGGUCCGCUUCGUUGCUGGUAACGUUGGGAAGCUUCACUCUGGUCUGAAAGAUCCUUGGGCGCAAGAGGCAGAUGUUAUUGGUGAAGCUGCUGUGAAUGCUGGCCUAAAGGCGUUGGAGGGUGAUGUCCCGACUGGUAGUGAGAAGGUUUGGACUCUCUAUGGUAGUGACAUUAUCAAGUAUGGGAAGAAGCAGUAG